AUGUCCCUUCGUUUCAUGGAGUUUUGCCAAAAAUUUCGGAUUCCUCACUUACCAAGUGAACGUGUAGAGCUAAGGGUUGGGAUUAAUAGUGGCCCCUGCGUCGCCGGUGUCGUCGGUCUCUCAAUGCCUCGCUACUGUCUAUUCGGUGACACUGUGAACACGGCGUCCCGAAUGGAAUCCAACGGAAAACCAUCGUUAAUCCACAUGACAGAAGCGGCGCACACCCAACUGACCAAUAGUUUUCCGUAUCAAUACGAGACCCGGUCUCGUGGAGAGGUGAUAAUCAAGGGGAAAGGUGUUAUGGAGACAUUUUGGCUGAUUGGCAAGGCCAGUAUGAGUAAUCGAUCGACUCCGCCAGUUUCCCAAGUCAAACAGAUUCCCAGGAAGAUUCCGAGUUUCACUGAUACCGAUGAUAAGGUCACUAUUCGAUCUGUUAGUCCGUAUAUUGAGAAUAUUAGUGAUGCCGAGGAGGAAAUCGAGGAAAUGCGACGAGUCAUGAGGAGAGAGAUGAUGAGAGUGGUGUAA